UUCUUUUGCUCAAGUUCCAAACAAAACUUCAGUGACAGCCAUUGCCAGAAACUCAAUGCUAGAUGUCAACACACUAAACAGUCAACCACUAGAGCAUCACCAAACUCCAUCAUUUUCUGAUUAUUUUUUUCCCAAUCACAACAAUACCCAUUUGGAUCUGGUUCAGUAAUGACAGAUUGUCCUCCUUAGUUUUUCAUUGGGCAGCCGCUCUCCAUCUCUCUCUCUCUCUCUCUCUCUCUCUCUCUCCCAUACAAUUAAGGAACAAUUCUUGAGCACCAGCCCCCACAAGCACCACCUAACCAAUCAAAACUCAACAGCGUUCAUCUGUCUCCCUCUUCACUCUCUUGUCCUCGUUCUUCCCUAUAGAUCUCUGUGUUAUGACUCUUAUAUAUAUACUACACCAUCAAGCAAGUACAGUAACUUCCACUGGUCUAAUUCCUAUUGACUCUCUCUGUUUUCCUCUGUUUUUCUCAUCUGUUUCCCUCUUUUCUUGAACCCUUUUUGAUUCUUGUGUGCAUAUGUUACAAUAUCCUCCAUCAAAAAGGGAACUUUUUCGUGGGUGUUUUGAGAACUGUUCAUUUCUUCUGUCAUAUCCGUCUGGGUUGUGUUCCUUUUUGAUCCUUUCUCUUUAGAUCUUGCACAGAGCUCAUAGGUCUAUCUUUUUUUUGCUUUUUUGGCCGAGUAGUUCAUAGGCCUAUCGUUCACAAUCAAGGUCUUUUUUUCCUGUUAGUUUCUUUAAAUUUCCCAAGGAAUUGGCAAAGGUGGGCCUCCUUUAGAUUCCUCCCACCUCAUGCUAAUGUCAAGAAACUUGUCAUAUUCCCUUCAAAUGCUUCUUUUUGGCCAUCAAAAUCUCCCCUUCUUCGCAUUUCCUCUCUAAGACUUCAUCCAGAGAGAGAGAGAGAGAGAGAGAGAGAGAGAGAAUGUCUUUCUAGCCUUCUAGCUAUACCAACCAACUGAACACAAUAAUUCCCCAGUGAACAAUGAAUAGAGGAAUGGAAAUUCUAACCCCAUCAUCAUCAUACAUAAGGAAUGCAAACUGGUUGUUCGAAGAGAGCAAAGGAACAAGAUGGACGCCAGAAGAGAACAAGAGGUUCGAAAACGCGCUCGCGUUCUUCGACAAGGACACGCCGGACAGGUGGUACAAUGUGGCGGCGAUGAUCCCGGGAAAGACGGUGAGCGACGUGAUCAGGCAGUAUCAGGAACUGGAAGAGGAUGUGAGUGACAUAGAGGCCGGAUUGAUUCCUAUUCCUGGGUAUAACACCAGCUCUUUCACUUUGGAGUGGGCGAAUAGUAGUGAAACCUGUGAUGGGUUUAAGGAAUUCUACAGCCCCGGCGGAAAGCGGAGGCCGACGGAUCAGGAGAGGAAGAAAGGUGUGCCCUGGACGGAGGAGGAGCACAGGCAGUUUCUAAUGGGACUUAAAAAGUACGGCAAAGGGGACUGGAGAAACAUCUCGCGCAAUUUCGUGACCAGCCGGACGCCCACUCAGGUGGCCAGUCAUGCUCAGAAGUACUUCAUCCGGCAGCAUUCAGGAGGGAAAGACAAGAGGAGAUCGAGCAUCCACGACAUCACCACCGUCAACCUUGCAGAAUCAAAAUCCCAUCCGCCGGAUAACAACAGACCUCCCUCACCGGAUCACUCUCCCACGGUGGUUCUUCACCCACGACAGCACUCAAGCCUGAGUGGCAUGGCCACAACACUAUACAGUUGGAACCCAACAAAUGGCAGCCUGUUCUCGCUUUAUGGACCUCAGAUUGGAGCUUAUAAUCCAGCUUUGCAAAUGGAUUCAGCGCAAUUUCAAUGAUCGCAAGCAGAUGCAUGGAAGCAGCCUAGCUAGUUGUCAAGGCUUGUGUGAGUAUGUUGAUGAAGACAUGACUGAUCAUAUCAGGGGGAUUAGACUUGUGGAAUGAUCGGUAAAAGAAAGAGGGUAAAUUAUGUAGGAGUGAAGUCUUAGUUGAUUCCAACUCAGGUGUUCAAAUUGUGUUUUAAGGCAAUGUGAGAGUAGGUCGGCCCUUUGGUAUGGUAAAAAUUGUCAUUGUGGUAAGAAUUUCUUGAUGGGUUGUGGGUAAUAUACAGGCAUCCGUGAGAUUAUGUUUCUUGUUGGGUGUAAUUUCUCGACGUUGUUCGUAUUAUUGUUCACCAUGAUUCCAGAUGAAUUCUUAAUUACUAUGAUUUAGUCAUCAAGAAUUCUUUCAAAUCCUUUUGUGGUACUAUUAUUGAGUCAA